AUGAGAUUGAUCAGAGUUGACCAGCAUCAAGAAGAGUCUGCACCUCCAGCAUCAAGAAGAGUCUGCAGCACCAGCAUCAAGAAGAGCCUGCACCUCCAGCAUCAAGAAGAGCCUGCACCUCCAGCAUCAAGAAGAGUCUGCAUCUCCAGCAUCAAGAAGAGUCUGCACCUCCAGCAUCAAGAAGAGUCUGCACCUCCAGCAUCAAGAAGAGUCUGCACCUCCAGCAUCAAGAAGAGUCUGCACCUCCAGCAUCAAGAAGAGUCUGCACCUCCAGCAUCAAGAAGAGUCUGCACCUCCAGCAUCAAGAAGAGUCUGCACCUCCAGCAUCAAGAGGAGUCUGCAUCUCCAGCAUCAAGAAGAGUCUGCACCUCCAGCAUCAAGAAGAGCCUGCACCUCCAGCAUCAAGAAGAGCCUGCACCUCCAGCAUCAAGAAGAGCCUGCAUCUCCAGCAUCAAGAAGAGUCUGCAUCUCCAGCAUCAAGAAGAGUCUGCAUCUCCAGGAUCAAGAAGAGUCUGCAUCUCCAGCAUCAAGAAGAGUCUGCACCUCCAGCAUCAAGAAGAGUCUGCACCUCCAGCAUCAAGAAGAGUCUGCACCUCCAGCAUCAAGAAGAGUCUGCACCUCCAGCAUCAAGAAGAGUCUGCAUCUCCAGCAUCAAGAAGAGUCUGCAUCUCCAGCAUCAAGAAGAGUCUGCAUCUCCAGCAUCAAGAAGAGUCUGCAUCUCCAGCAUCAAGAAGAGUCUGCACCUCCAGCAUCAAGAAGAGUCUGCACCAGCAUCAAGAAGAGCCUGCACCUCCAGCAUCAAGAAGAGUCUGCACCUCCAGCAUCAAGAAGAGUCUGCACCUCCAGCAUCAAGAAGAGUCUGCAUCUCCAGCAUCAAGAAGAGUCUGCACCUCCAGCAUCAAGAAGAGCCUGCACCUCCAGCAUCAAGAAGAGCAUGCACCUCCAGCAUCAAGAAGAGCAUGCACCUCCAGCAUCAAGAAGAGUCUGCACCUCCAGCAUCAAGAAGAGCCUGCAUCUCCAGCAUCAAGAAGAGCCUGCACCUCCAGCAUCAAGAAGAGUCUGCACCUCCAGCAUCAAGAAGAGUCUGCAUCUCCAGCAUCAAGAAGAGUCUGCACCUCCAGCAUCAAGAAGAGUCUGCACCUCCAGCAUCAAGAAGAGUCUGCACCUCCAGCAUCAAGAAGAGUCUGCACCUCCAGCAUCAAGAAGAGCCUGCACCUCCAGCAUCAAGAAGAGCCUGCAUCUCCAGCAUCAAGAAGAGCCUGCACCUCCAGCAUCAAGAAGAGCCUGCACCUCCAGCAUCAAGAAGAGCCUGCACCUCCAGCAUCAAGAAGAGUCUGCAUCUCCAGCAUCAAGAAGAGUCUGCAUCUCCAGCAUCAAGAAGAGUCUGCAUCUCCAGCAUCAAGAAGAGUCUGCAUCUCCAGAUUGAGAAGAGUCUGCACCUUCCAGUUUUGA